AUGGUGAAGGAGAAGGGAACUGCGCGUAGGAAAACACAAUCGCAACUAGAUGCCAUGGAGAUGGAACGUAGACAGUCCUUCAAAGUUUUCUUACCAGACUCAAUUCGUCAAGCCUAUAAACACCCGCAGUUGGAAAUCAUCUUCGACGCUACGUUUGGAAUCUCGAAGGACGAUGCCAUAGCUUUGUGGAUCAUGGACAGAAAUUGUGAGGAGGAAUUCAAAGUACAGCAUACUUUGGAAGUACAUGGGAUGGUUUUUAGUCGUCUCAUGCCGGAUACAUUUCCGCCAGUAUUCAAAGAAUGGUUGAAAACAAUUCAAGAGGUCAAAGCCCAGAUCGACAAUGCAGAGGCGGUCCAUCGAGACAGCGCUGCCGUUGAGGAGGACGAUAAAUUAACGGCAUUAGAGUUGAUUUUCAAAGUUGAUGCUAGAUUGUAUGAGAAAGCCAAGGACUUGGCUAAGGCUUGCGAUCUCGCUUACUGUGAUGAUUCCAAGACUUUUGGGAAAUCUAUUUAUCCACUUUGGGAAUACAAGGAUAGGAUGAUUGCAGAAUGGGAAGAAAGAAAUUUGAUGCCGGAGUUGAUGGCGGCUGCUGAGGAUAAUGGAAAGAUCUACUGGAAGUAUCUUUGA